CGACUGCGACUGCGACUGCGACUGCGACUGCGACCACGCCAUGAGCUGGUUUCGUCGCGCUCCUCCAGAUCCAAAACUUCCACCUGGAGAUCUUGGUCGAUCCGUCGCUGGCAACACGUUUACAUUUCAUGACGAUGCUCAGUCGUUGAUCUUGGAUAAUAUCGAUCGAUUCCCAGGUUCACCAGUCUACAGGGCCAAAGUCAUCGGCAAGGAUGUAGCGUUGGUCACAGAUUAUCGUUUAGCGGAGAAAGUGAUGAGAACUCAUGAGCCUACAGACGAUGGACCUAGAUUCAGUCAACGAGCAGCGUACUCUGACCUCAUGGCUCCGUUCUUCAUCGAGCCAAACGUUCUGCUAGAGGAUCAGUGCGAAGAGACGGCUUAUGCCAACAGGGAUAUCUGGAAUCGACACGUUUCAACACUGCUGGACAGUCAAGAUUGGGAGCCGAUCAACGAGAGAAUCAAGCAAAUCAUAGUGACCUAUCGAGACAAAUGGCUACAGAUGGACGCUUUCGACGUCUAUGAAGAAUGCAAAGACAUGGCGCAUGAGCUUGUCCUGUAUCUAUUCCUUGGUAUCGACAAGGCAUCCGCCGAUUGGGACAGCGUUGUUGAAUUGAGCACCACCAGUCUCCGGGGCCAAUUCUCCAUGCCGGUCAAGGCAAACUUUGGCUCAAUGUUCAGAUCGAGCUAUUCAAGGGGUCUCCAAGCUCAGGAAGAGCUCAGAAUUGUUGCUGAAGACAAACUUCAAGCCGGGCAAUGCCCUUUCAUCCAAUCUAGGACUCCAUCAUUGUUGAAUUCGGCCAUCACUCACACAGCCAUGUUCGCCUCGUCACUCGUCAUCAAAGCUGUGGCGUCUUAUUUGACGUUUUCCCUCAUCCAACUCUCGCGGACGGAAACGAGGCAAGCCGAUCUCGACAAAGUGUUGAGAGAGACUGAGCGCCUAUGCCCACCCGUUAUUGGCGCUCUUCGAAGGGUCAUGGAUCAUCCCUGGGUCCUCACUGGAGAUAAAGAAUACGAGAUUCCAAUUGGUUGGGAGGCUUGGGUCUACUUUCCACUCGCCAACAGGGAUGCCAAGGUCUACGGGGAAGAUGCUUGGGAGUUCAAGCCGGGUAGAUGGACCGACUCAACACCACCUUCGUUGACAUUUGGAUACGGCGAGAAAUCAUGUUUGGGCAUGGGCAUGGUAAGACGGAUCGCGAAGAGUGUGCUGGCUGUUCUGCUCGGCGACGAUGACCGGAAUCACGGCGAGUUGGAGCUAAUAAGUACGCUUGAUCCCAGCUUGAAGGACUUCUUGGGAUGGGAGAGGCAUGUCGGCGGGUGGCAGGGGAUCAAACAGCUUCCUGUGCAGAAGCCGAGGGAUAAGGUAUCAAUGAGAUACAGGCGACAAUGAUCACGUAUGCAUGUCAGACAUCUUGGGA